GGCCGGAAGAGCCGGUUCGUAACGGCAGCCAUCUUGUUUAUUUGAGUGAAUCGGAAAGGAGGCGGCGGCUGUGGCGGCAGAGCUUGCUGCUCCGUAGCUACUCCUUACAAGGGAUCCCCCUUCCCCUACCCCCUCCCCCGACCCUUUUCCCCUCCCCAGGACACCCAGCCCGUCCAAGUCCCCGCGGAGAGCACGGUUUUCUUCUGUUUCAUAGUCAGCCAGAACAAUGUUCUACGCACAUUUUGUCCUUAGUAAAAGAGGGCCGCUGGCCAAAAUAUGGCUAGCGGCCCAUUGGGAUAAGAAGCUAACCAAAGCCCACGUGUUUGAGUGUAACCUAGAGAGCAGUGUGGAGAGUAUCAUCUCACCAAAGGUAAAGAUGGCACUUCGAACAUCAGGACACCUCUUACUGGGAGUAGUUCGAAUCUAUCACAGAAAAGCCAAAUAUCUUCUUGCAGACUGUAAUGAAGCGUUCAUUAAGAUAAAGAUGGCUUUUCGGCCAGGUGUUGUUGACUUGCCUGAGGAAAACCGCGAAGCUGCUUAUAAUGCCAUUACUUUACCAGAAGAAUUCCAUGACUUUGAUCAACCGCUGCCUGACUUAGAUGACAUUGAUGUGGCCCAGCAGUUCAGCCUGAAUCAGAGUAGAGUGGAAGAGAUAACCAUGAGAGAAGAAGUCGGGAACAUCAGUAUUCUACAAGAAAAUGAUUUUGGUGACUUUGGAAUGGAUGAUCGUGAAAUAAUGAGAGAAGGCAGCGCCUUUGAGGACGAUGACAUGUUAGUAAGCACUAGUGCGUCUAACCUUCUGUUAGAACCUGAACAGAGCACCAGCAAUUUGAAUGAGAAAAUUAACCAUUUAGAAUAUGAAGAUCAAUAUAAAGAUGAUAAUUUUGGAGAAGGAAAUGAUGGUGGUAUACUAGAUGAUAAGCUUAUUAGUAAUAACGAUGGUGGUAUUUUUGAUGAUCCCCCUAACUUGUCUGAGACGGGCGUCAUGUUGCCAGAACAACCUGCACAUGAUGAUAUGGAUGAGGAUGAUAAUGUCUCAAUGGGUGGACCUGAUAGUCCUGAUUCAGUGGAUCCUGUUGAACCAAUGCCAACCAUGACUGAUCAAACCACACUUGUCCCAAAUGAGGAAGAAGCCUUUGCUUUGGAGCCUAUUGAUAUCACAGUCAAAGAAACAAAAGCCAAGAGAAAGAGAAAGCUGAUUGUUGACAGUGUCAAAGAACUGGACAGCAAGACAAUCAGAGCACAACUUAGUGAUUAUUCUGAUAUUGUUACUACUUUGGAUCUGGCACCACCCACCAAAAAAUUGAUGAUGUGGAAAGAAACAGGGGGAGUGGAAAAACUCUUCUCUUUACCUGCUCAACCUUUGUGGAAUAAUAGACUACUGAAGCUCUUUACACGCUGUCUUACACCACUAGUUCCUGAAGACCUUCGAAAAAGGAGGAAAGGAGGAGAGGCUGAUAAUUUGGAUGAGUUCCUCAAAGAAUUUGAAAAUCCAGAGGUUCCCAGAGAGGAACAGCAACAGCAACAUCAGCAACGUGAUGUUAUCGAUGAGCCCAUUUUGGAAGAGCCGAGCCGCCUCCAAGAAUCAGUGAUGGAGGCUAGCAGGACAAACUUGGAUGAGUCAGCUAUGCCCCCACCACCACCUCAGGGAGUAAAGAGAAAAGUAGGACAAGUUGAUCCAGAGCCUGUAAUCCCUCCCCAGCAACCAGAGCAGAUGGAAAUACCUCCUGUUGAGCUGCCCCCAGAAGAACCUCCAAAUAUCUGCCAAUUAAUUCCAGAGUUAGAACUUUUACCAGAAAAGGAGAAGGAUAAGGAGAAGGAGAAAGAAGAGGAAGAAGAGGAAGAGGAAGAAGAUGCUUCAGGGGGUGAUCAGGAUCAAGAAGAAAGGAGAUGGAACAAGAGGACUCAGCAAAUGCUUCAUGGUCUUCAGCGAGCUCUUGCUAAAACUGGCGCAGAAUCUAUCAGUUUGCUUGAGUUAUGUCGAAACACAAACAGAAAGCAAGCUGCAGCAAAGUUCUACAGCUUCUUGGUUCUUAAAAAGCAGCAAGCUAUUGAGCUGACACAGGAAGAACCCUACAGUGACAUCAUUGCCACCCCUGGACCAAGGUUCCAUAUUAUUUGAGCAGCUAGAAGCAUUAUAGCUAGUGUCCAUUUCACUAGUAUGUACAAAUUGGCCCCCAUGUGUAGGGCACACAAAACCCUUUGAGGAAAUUUUAAAUUUUGUCUGUACAGUCUCUGCCUUUUUGUUUGCUUUUUCCAGCAUUUUAUUCAUUUCGUCUUUAAAGGAAACUGCGUGUGUGUGUGCGCGCGCGCGCGUGCGUGUGUGUGUGUGUGCGCGUGUGUGCACGUGUGUGCUGUAUGUGUGUUGUGAUUGUGAUGGAGAAAAACAACACCCCAAAGAUCCAGAAUAUUAUUUUUAACAGUUCAGAACAGAUGUGUGCAAUAUUGGUGCGUGUAAUACAUUAUCAAUGAAAGUCGGGACUUUUAUCUUAGUUCUCCAUUACUGCAUUGGAAAAGAAAAGAACAGUUUUAUUAAGAAUUAUGGUGUGAGUCUUUGAGAGAAAGUGUCUUUCCCAUGAAUCAUCAGCAGUUUUCUUGGUCACAUUGUGCUUAGGGGUGAUGCCCAAAAUAUCAGAGGUCUUGAGAGACAUUUUAAAGUAUAAUCCAUGAUGACCAAGGGACUUUGUGAAAUUGAGCUCUAACUCAUACUUUUAACUACAAAAGGCUUGAUUUCUGUUUUGUAAAUCAUUCCAUUUGAAACUUUAUAAUGAACCUUAUGUUCCAAAAAAAAAAAAAAUAGUUUUAGUGAGGCUCUAAACUGAGCAGAAAUACUUUUCAUAGUAGAGUUAUCUAUAAAAAGCAACUUUCCAUGAGCUUAUUUUUAAUGUUUAGUUUUAUUUGAGUACUCAGAUCAUGAAAAUAAAAUUUGCCAUAUCAUCUAGAAGGACAGACUGAUGGAAAGCUAUAAACCUGGUUGACUUCUAAGCAGACAAAGCUGUAAAAACUAUAAUGGCUUCUCUGAUAUUUAUUGUAAGUUCUUAGUACUGACCUCUUCUUCCAAUUCCGCACAUGCACACUCCCCUGUGUUAGAAACUUUAUUUUCAUAGCUCUGCAACAGAAAUCAUUUCCAGUUUCCUGUAAUUUAAGAAAAGCACAUCCAGGUCUUUUAUUAUUAACAGACAAGAUAGCACCAGAAAUUAUGUGACUAUAUGAUUAUCAAAACAUGGCUUAACUUUUUAGGGCAAAAUUACAUUUGAAGUCUAGCUCAAGUGUGGGCAUUUUUAUGAAGAAAAAAAUAAAUAACUUUUCGAAACUCAGACUUCUGUGUAUACCCAGUAGUUUUAAAUUAUGUGAAGUGUUUUAAAUUUUUGAACUCGUAAUUACUGUUUUGAUGAUUCUGUUUCUUGAGAAUAGUAAUUGUAAAAAUGCUACUGCAGCUUUAUUUCCAAUCUUACGUGCCUGUAAACCAUGGAUUUUUCUCCCUUUGUAAAAAGACAUUGUAGAUAAUUGAAUGUUUAAUUAUAGAAGUCAUUAGAUUCUUGUUACACAUUUUGUUAGUCUGGUUUUUGUUGCUUAUCGGGUUUAAUAUUGUUCUUGAAGAUAUAGUUGAUGCUAUGUUAUGUAUAACUUUUCUAAUAAAAGUUGUGUUAUAAGCUGUA